CUUUUCCUCUUUUAAAGUGAUUUUCUUGUUCCUCUGGUUCAUAAAGGAUUGGAUCUGUGUGCCAUGAAACCAAAACAGCAGCAGAAGCCUCAAUAAAUGAGGUGGAAACAUUGAUCAGAGAAGCCUCAGGUGCUUUAAUUGGACUAAAAACAUUGUUUUUCUCCACGAAAAUGGUGAAAAAGUCUCUAAAAAAGAUAUGCUUGCUCUUCCUUUGGAGCUGGGCAGCUUUGACAGAUCAGCAAACAGACGCAUCUGCUGCAGAGAGCAUCACGCCAGCAAAGUGCCAACUAGACAGAAAUGCUAAUGCUCGGACCUGUUGUUUCUCAGCUGGUUUCAUCCUCACAUCCGCCUUAUUCUCCUCCUGAUGACCACAAUUAAUCAACUUCUGCCUCCUAAUUUCUGAGCCCACUGGCGCCGGAUGAUGUUCCCGCUCUUGCAGCGAACCUGCCAGGCGUCACACGUUCAGUCAUCUCCACUCCAGAAAUCUCGACUUUUUCCUCACAGAAAGGAAGAAAGAGGCGCAGCUCCAGAGUCGGCUGCUCCCAUAAGCUUCCGAUGGCUUAGCGGAUCCAUAAUCUGUCUUCAGGGUGACAUCACUGCCCCUCGUCAGCCUUCAGGCGAGGGGAUGAAGGCGAGGUGACAGCUCUUCCUCCUGUCAGAGUCAUGGAGGAGGCCGAGGCCCUCAUGGAGGAGCAGGUGGACCAGGGGAUGGAGGAGGCGGCCCACAGCUUCCUGGAGAGACCCUCGCCCAAGGAGAGCUUCAACAGCGACUCGCUGCUGGCGCCGGACGCCGACUUCAUGACGGACGACCGCAGCUCCGCCGCCAGCGGCCUGGACGUGGCCGACCGCCUCACCUACCUGGAGCAGAGGAUGCAGAUGCAGGAGGACGAGAUCCAGCUGCUGAAGAUGGCUCUGGCCGACGUGCUGAAGAGGCUGAGCAUCUCUGAGGAGCAGCAGGCUGCAGGCCGGAGGGCGGCGGGGCUCCGAGCCAGACCCGUGUCCUUAGCCCUGCCCCCCCGGCCGCCCAUGGUGACCUCCCCCCUGAAGAAGUGCCCCACCAUGCCCUCCUGCUCCACCCCCAGGAGCUUCAGCCCGACGCCGUCCCGAAGCGGCGUGAAGAGUCCACCAGGAAGCGUGAAGGACAGUCCGUGUAAGUCGACAGCUCGGCCCGCCGCGAAGAAAACUCCAGACGCGAAGUCGAAGGAGCCGGCGAGCGUUGGAACGAGGCGUGUGACUCACUGCAAAGGUAGGCGUUGUCCCUCAGCACCUUCCAAUGAGCUGUCGUGUAGAAUUCAGCCUCUUUAUUUUUCUAUUUUCCAUUUUUCACGUCUCACCAUGACUUGUGUGUCGCCCUUUGACCUCUCCACCCCCCGUUUGUGUCUCCAUUCAUGGUCUCCAUCCCUCGCCUUCCUGGCUCCGCCUCCUCUCCGCCCCUCACCGCUUCACUUAGUGACUAUGCAGAUCUAUCUGAGCCCCCUCGCAAGAAAGACUGGGUCUUCUGAGGCCGCCGCCUCCGCUGCCGCGGCGCGGGCCGACCGGGGGCCCGCAGCCACGCCCGUUAAGACGCCGCGGCCGAACGAAAGCAGGAAGGCGACCCCGAGCUUCACCCUGAACCUCCAGAAAAGCAGCCAGAGCUCCACGCAGGACAUCAGCAGCUACAAAAGCCCCACCAAGUCCCCCAGCCAGUACUUCCAGAUCUGCUACUGACACUUAGGUCCAAAUGUGUGGAUGACAGCAAAUAGUUUGAGAUUUUUUAACUUUGUAGAUCAUUUAGUUUCACUAAAUCUGUGAUUUCAGGAAGAAAACGCAUCACUUUUGUUUUCAUGUUUCAGAUUUUGUUUUUAACUUGAAU